CCGAGGACUAUAUAAAACCUGAGCUAAGGAACAGACGGCCACACGGACGUGAAGCCUCACAUCCCACCCUUGGCACCCAGGGCCAGAGUCAGCAGCAGAAACUAGACACCAUGUGUGACGAAGACGAGACCACCGCCCUCGUGUGUGACAACGGCUCUGGCCUGGUGAAAGCCGGCUUUGCCGGGGAUGACGCCCCCAGGGCUGUGUUCCCAUCCAUUGUGGGCCGCCCCCGACACCAGGGUGUCAUGGUGGGUAUGGGUCAGAAGGACUCCUACGUGGGCGAUGAGGCCCAGAGCAAGCGAGGUAUCCUGACCCUGAAGUACCCCAUCGAGCAUGGCAUCAUCACCAACUGGGACGACAUGGAGAAGAUCUGGCACCACACCUUCUACAAUGAGCUUCGCGUGGCCCCUGAGGAGCACCCGACCCUGCUCACCGAGGCCCCCUUGAACCCUAAAGCUAACCGUGAGAAGAUGACCCAAAUCAUGUUUGAGACCUUCAACGUGCCUGCCAUGUAUGUGGCCAUCCAGGCGGUGCUGUCUCUCUAUGCCUCUGGCCGUACCACCGGCAUUGUGUUGGAUUCUGGGGACGGUGUCACCCACAAUGUGCCCAUCUAUGAGGGCUAUGCCCUGCCACACGCCAUCAUGCGUCUGGACCUGGCCGGACGUGACCUUACUGACUACCUGAUGAAGAUUCUCACCGAGCGUGGCUAUUCCUUCGUGACCACAGCUGAGCGUGAGAUCGUGCGCGACAUCAAAGAGAAGCUGUGCUAUGUGGCCCUGGACUUCGAGAAUGAGAUGGCCACCGCUGCCUCCUCCUCCUCCCUGGAGAAGAGCUACGAGCUGCCCGACGGGCAGGUCAUCACCAUUGGCAAUGAGCGUUUCCGUUGCCCGGAGACGCUUUUCCAGCCCUCCUUCAUCGGCAUGGAAUCCGCGGGGAUCCAUGAGACCACCUACAACAGCAUUAUGAAGUGCGACAUUGACAUCAGGAAGGACCUGUACGCCAACAACGUCAUGUCAGGGGGCACCACCAUGUACCCUGGUAUCGCUGACCGCAUGCAGAAGGAAAUCACAGCUCUGGCUCCCAGCACCAUGAAGAUCAAGAUCAUCGCCCCCCCUGAGCGUAAGUACUCAGUGUGGAUCGGCGGCUCCAUCCUGGCCUCGCUGUCCACCUUCCAGCAGAUGUGGAUCACCAAGCAGGAGUACGACGAGGCCGGCCCAUCCAUUGUGCACCGCAAAUGCUUCUAGGCGUCCCCUCAUCUGUGUACAUUCUCUCUCCUCAGGACGACAGUCGUGCUGCGGUUGCAGGGCGGCCCCAUCCUCCGCCAGGGCUCCGUCGCCGCCACUGCGACCAGCACCUGUUUUUGACCUGUACAUAGAUUGACACGUUUUACCUCGUUUUGUUAUUUUUCAAACAAAACCCUGUGAACGGAAAUGGAAAACUUGAAGCAUUAAAGCCAGCCAUUCUGUUUUGCUGCAA